AUGGCGUCUCGUGCCGCCAUGCUGCUGGACCCGCGGGCCUACAAGAAGCAGAUCGAAGCCAAUGGUAACGAUCAGGAACCAUCUUCUUUCUCCCCUUCUCAUAAAUCAGGCAUGGCUGGUAGAGCUUGUAGCGAACCACCAGCUUCAUAUUCUGAUUUCCUCACCCCUGACCCUCAUGAUGACCCCGCAUCUUCAACCGAGGACCAGAGUGGCUCACUUCGUCAAGGAUUAGAGCAGCAAGACGCAACCCGGGCUGGCGGUGCUUCUCCUGGCACUGCACCAGCAGGAACAUUUUCGACAGCGCAUCAACUUCUGAAUCCCAGGUCUCAGUCCACGUCCUCUAGGACUGGGCCCAAGUCGAGAUCGCGAUCGAGUUCCAUUCCGCCACAGCCUCCGAAAAACGAUGCGCUCUCUGCCAAAGACGAAUCGCAACACAGACGCGACGUUGAUGUCGAGUUUAUCAACGGCGACUUCCCAAACGGUGAAGAAGGCGAAACGAAGGCAAAGCGUCCUCGAGAGGAUGAUAGUCCCGGUGGAGGGCAUGUCAGUCUGAUCGAGAACAUGUACGGAGUGGAAAGACGCGAGGACCAGCCGCAGAAACGCGUCAAGACGGCUAAAGAAGUAGACGAGAAAUCUGUGACCCGAACGAAGUCACAGUUUGAGAUAUCUGGGAACGGUGGCUUGGGCGACUGGAUGAAAGAAGGCAAGGAAACGCCCGGCACGACACCUGACGUCGUCGAUCUUACGAGUGACGCCGGAUCCAAGUCUGCAUCCGGAAAAGAAGAUGAUGACUUGCAAGUCACCGGAUCUAAUGACUUGAGGACUCAAAAAGUCUGCUAUGGCAAGAUAGAGAAUGCCAUGAUCCAAGCACAUAUGGUGCCAAAACCCAGCACCCAGAAUAUCUUUGGAGGCUCUAUGCACGAUUGGCCCUCUAUCAAGCUUGGUGUCCGGCACGAACCUGGUCAGGGGAACAAGAUCGAGGUCUGCGAUCCUCAUGGGCAUGUGUUUGGAGCCGUCGAUGCCAGAACAGCCGCCGCAAUUGUACCCUUACUGGACUCGCCAGCGUUGAAAGUCGAACUCACUGCUCGUCUUGAUGUUCGAAGGAGAUUGCCGGACGAAAUCCCAUGGCAGCGCUGUUCAGCUCUGUACCGCGCCUCGAUCAAUCUCUACGGUCUGAGAAAAGACGCAGACCUGGUGGGGAAGCACCUGGGUCAGAACAAUGUCUGGCUGAUGACUCCGAAUAUGGUCGAACAAGGCGUUCCGGUGUUCAACCCUCACGCGGAGAGACGACGCACUCAGCCAUCCCAAGCGCCGUCCUCGACUCCCCGUAGUCGCUUGUCCGUUUCCUACGAGGUCCGUACGGCGGAGGAAGUGAACGAUGCUGUCAUGAAGAUGUUUGAUCAGCUGAGGAGCGCAGAGAAUAUUCCUGAAAUGGAGCCUCCCCCGCAAAUCGCGACACCACUCCUCCGGCAUCAGAAACAGGCUCUUUGGUUCAUGAUGGAAAAGGAGAAGCCUCGCAAGUUCGGCCCCAGAGAAGAGGACAAUAAUUCUCUCUGGAGGAUGGAGCGCUUAGCAAACGGUAGAAUACGCUACCGUGAAAUCAUAAGUGGGACGAUUCUCUAUGAGGAGCCCCCUCAGUCAUUAGGUGGUCUCUUGGCAGAUAUGAUGGGUUUGGGGAAGACCUUGAGCAUUCUCUCCCUCGUCGUGGCGACGCUCCCAGAAUCUCGAGAGUGGGAGAAUAAGGUCCCGAGUCCGGAGCUUGUGCGCGACUGUCCUGAUAUUCGCAAUACCAGGACUACGCUCCUGGUGUCUCCUCUUAGUGCUGUCCAUAAUUGGGUGGCUCAGAUAAAGGAGCAUCUGAAGCAGAAUGCGAUUUCAUAUUACGUCUUCCAUGGCUCUUCACGGACUACCGAUGUGGACGAGCUGUCACGAUAUGACCUAGUCAUCACUACUUACAGCAUCGUCCUUAGUGAACUCUCUGGUAGAGGCUCCAAGCGGGGGGUGAGUCCCUUGACCAAGAUGAACAUGUUUCGUAUCGUUCUGGAUGAAGCCCAUGCGAUACGCGAACAGAGUGCCGCGCAGACGCAGGCUAUUUUCAGACUGAACGGGGAGCGUCGGUGGUCUGUGACUGGCACGCCUGUUCAGAAUCGGCUAGAAGACCUCGCAUCUGUGACAAAGUUUCUCAGGCUUUUCCCCUACGAUGACAAGAGCAAGUUCUCGGCCUAUAUCCUCAGCCGGUUCAAAACCGGGGAUACCAGUGUAUUGGCCAGCUUGCGGGUUCUUGUGGACUCAUUCACCCUUCGCCGGGUCAAGGACAAGAUUGAUCUUCCACCGCGACAUGAUAAGAUUAUUAUGCUGAAUUUCUCUGAGAAGGAGAAGCAGCUGCACGAAUUUUUCCGCAAGGAAUCCAACGUCAUGAUGAAGGUUAUCGCGAAUGAGAGCAAGACAACGAUGGGAGGGCGGAUGUACCAUCACGUGCUCAAGGCGAUGAUGAUCCUGCGACAGGUCAGUGCUCACGGCAAAGAGUUGCUCGAUAAGGAAGACCGUGAGAGAAUCAAGGGCAUGAGCGCCCAUGACGCCAUUGAUCUCGACGCGGGCGAGGGCGACGAUCAGCCGGGGGCAAUUGACAAGAAGGCUUACGAGAUGUUCAGCCUGAUGCAAGAGUCGUCGGCUGAUGUUUGUGCAAAAUGCGGCAAACAGCUCGUGGCCAAGACCACCGAGACUGGCGCUACGGACACAAAGGCUCCGAUGGCGGUGAUGCUACCGUGCUUCGACGUUGUCUGUCCAGACUGUUUCUCUCCGUGGAAACAAGCGUUUGACACCCAGGUCGGAGCGUCGUCCUCGGAGACCAAGUGCUUGGUUUGUGAUGGCUGGAUCCCCAUGACCUAUUCUACGAUCACGCCAGCUGGAUUUGACGAGUACAUGGAGACCCAAGCGCAGGCGAAGCACAAUCGCAAGAAUGCAAAAAUGUUGGGGGAGUAUGAGGGACCCCACACCAAAACCAAGGCUCUGAUCUCUCAUCUCCAGAGCACUGCGGACGAGAACGUGCAGAGGAAGGAGGGCGAGCGUCCCAUCAAGAGCGUCGUAUUUUCGUCCUGGACGUCCCAUCUUGAUCUGAUCGAAAUUGCGCUCAAGGAUAAUGGGUUGACGGGCUAUACACGUCUUGAUGGGACCAUGGCGUUCUCUGCUCGCAAUCGGGCGCUGGAAGAAUUUCGCGAAGACGAUAAUAUUACCAUUCUUCUUGCGACGAUUGGUGCUGGCGGUGUUGGGCUCAAUCUCACCUCUGCUUCGAGGGUCUACGUCAUGGAGCCGCAGUACAACCCGGCGGCAGUGGCGCAGGCUGUAGACCGUGUCCACCGACUGGGCCAAACGCGGGAGGUUACGACGAUUCAGUUCAUUAUGAAGGACAGUAUUGAGGAGAAGAUCUUCGAACUGGCCAAGAAGAAGCAAAAGCUGGCUGACAUGAGCAUGAAUCGCGGAAAAUUGGACAAGAAGGAGGUUCAGGAGGCGCGAAUGAGGGAAUACAGAAGUCUAUUCAAGUGA